AUGGACUGCAGCAACACAGCCAUCACGUCUGUCCCACGCAUAACCGGAGCGUCCAACACAACCUAUCGUCUGCGUUUGGACGGGAAUCCAAAUCUUGUCAUCAGCGAUGACACGUUCGCAAACAUCGCAUUGGAGUAUCUGAACUUGGACAAUGACGUCAACAUCUCGCUAAGCGAUCACGCCCUGAACAGUCAGAGGGGUUCUCUGAAAGAGCUGCACAUAUCCCAGUGCGACCUGGACCGUGUCCCCGAUGCUCUGAAAGAUCUGGAUGCCCUGGCGGAUCUCUAUAUCUGGUCCAACCAUAUUCAGUAUUGGGACGAGGAUCUGAUGCUCAAGCUGAGUGGCACCCUCAACGUGCUGGAUAUUUCAGACAUUGGUUUGACAUCAUGGCCGUCGUGGCUCAGCCACAUGUCGAAUUUGAUUUCGCUGAACUUGUACCAGAAUCACAUCGAUGUGUUCCCACAUGAUGCCUUUUACAGCUCGGCAUCAACAAUGAACUACCUGAAUAUCGAAAGCUGUGGUCUCCGUGACAUGCCCACUGCUAUCGCGUCUCUAUACAACCUGACUGUCCUCAUCAUCGGCGGAACAACGCUGACCGAUUCCAGCUUUUACUAUAAAUGGCUUCCCACGACCCAAUUUCAAGUUAACCCAGCUGUCCAUCAAUAA